AUGCCACUUUUAGACAACAAAGUUGCCCUGAUCACUGGAGCUUCCCGUGGAUUAGGUGCUGAGAUUGCUAGGAUCUAUGCACGAGAAGGUGCUACCGUUUGGGUCAACUACUUUCAAUCCGAAGAGAAGGCCAAUGCAGUCGUGGAAGAAAUCAAACAAGCAGGCGGCAAAGCCAUGGCAGUUCAAGCAGACGUCACUGACGAAGAACAAGUCAAUUCCAUGAUGACGACUAUUAUUGAAAAGAGUAGUCGUUUGGAUAUCAUUGUGAACAAUGCCUUGCCCACAUACAAAUUCGAUGCGACUGCGCCCUACACUUCCAUUGAAACUAUCUCUUGGGAAAAUAUGGACCAACAGAUUACCGGGGCCAUCAAGGGUGCUAUCAAUACUACGAAGGCAGCCUUGUCUACUUUCAAGACCCAAUCGUAUGGCAAGAUUAUCAAUGUAUCGACGAACUUGAUCUACAAUCCUGUGGUAACAUACUAUGAUUACACCACUGCCAAGGCUGGGCUUUUGGGUUUGACGCGAAACCUUGCCACGGAAUUAGGACAGUAUGGAGUGCGUGUCAACAUAUUGGCUGGUGGUCUACUAGAAACUACGGAUGCCUCUAGUGCAACAAGUCCUGAAAUCUUUCAGGCAAUUGCCACCACCACACCCUUGCGCAAGACGACCACAACACAAGACUUUGCCAAGGCAUCUGUCUUUUUCGCUUCUGAAAUGAGUGAUGCCAUUACUGGACAAAGUAUUUCGAUUGAUGGGGGUUUGACCAUGCCAUAG